CAGUCUGGCUGACCUUGUACAAAUACCUCCUGUUCUCAGUCACUACCCGCAGCCCUGCUGAUAAAAGGAGGUUCAUCCCCGCCUCAGGGCACGCUGCUCCAACCCUGCAGCUCAGCUGCCCCCUUCCCCUGGGCACUGCCGCCAUGAAGCUGUUUCUCCUGCUUCUCGCCAUAUCUGUGGCGACGGAACUGGUGAUGUCAGGCAAAAAUCCUGUCCUUCAGUGCAUGGGUAACAGAGGUUUCUGCAGGUCUUCCUGCAGAAAGGAUGAGCAUCCGUACUUCUACUGCAGAACUUAUCAGACGUGCUGCCUCCAGCCCUACGUGAGGAUCAGCCUUACCAGUGUAGAAGACAACACUGCCUGGUCUCAUGAGAAACAGUGGCCCAAAAUACCGUGAAUGCUGGUGAGCGCCAUGCCCGAUCUUCCAGGGAAGCCCUCCCUGCUGCCCGCCUCCUUAUUAAAAUUAAUGCACUUGA